CAUGCUUUGCGGGGACAAGCAAAGUAAACCAGACCCUUGAGCCCGAUGGGACUACCAUUCCCAGCAUGCCUUGCUGAGGUAAGUGAAGCAGGCCAGAACUGAGCAUGCGCAGAGUGGGAUUCCCGGCAUGCCGUUCGACGAGUAAAGACUUUGAUGAAGGAAAGAGAAGAUGAGAACACCAUCUGUUAUGCAGAAUGUCAGUGUUUGGCCACAACUGUCCAUGGGAAUAAUGUUUUGAUUGCCUAAAUUUAUACUUAUAGCAGCACUAAUGGAGAUCCCAAUGGGCACAUCAUCUCCCCCUUCCCAUUUUCCAGAAGAUGAUGGUUCAAAGGAAAGCAAUGAUGUUGUCCCACCUGGGUUGAAUCACUCGGAAGGACUGUGCACUGGCAGUGCUUUGCAAUCUACCAACAAUCCAGAUUUUGCAGAGGACUUGCUGCAAACGCAACUGCUGCGAAAUGAGUCAUCUAAUAAAGCUGAAAAUAGCGAACCGAGGCCUGAGGAGGAGCAAAGAGCCAAGAGAGGUGGCUGGUCCAAAGGGCGGAAGAGGAAGAAACCCUUAAGAGAUAGCAAUGCUCCUAAAUCUCCCCUAACAGGAUAUGUGCGGUUUAUGAAUGAACGAAGGGAGCAACUGCGAGCGAAAAGGCCUGAAGUUCCAUUCCCAGAAAUCACCAGGAUGCUGGGGAAUGAAUGGAGCAAACUUCCUCCUGAGGAAAAACGGCGCUACCUUGAUGAAGCAGAUAGAGAUAAGGAACGUUAUAUGAGGGAACUGGAGCAGUACCAGAAGACUGAAGCGUAUAAAGUCUUUAGCAGGAAAGCACAAGAUAGACAAAAAGGCAAAUCACAUAGACAAGGUAUUGAUUUAUACAACAAGAAUCUUAAAGAAGGAGCACGGCAGGCUACUCAUAACCAUGAGAAAGAAACUGAUACAAAGGAGAGAUCUGUUUUUGAUAUUCCAAUCUUCACGGAAGAGUUCCUGAACCACAGUAAAGCACGGGAAGCAGAACUGCGUCAGCUGCGCAAAUCCAACAUGGAGUUUGAGGAAAGAAACGCCGCCCUGCAGAAGCAUGUGGAAAGCAUGCGCACGGCAGUGGAGAAGCUGGAGGUAGAUGUGAUACAGGAGCGCAGUCGCAACACUGUGCUACAGCAACACCUGGAGACUUUGCGGCAGGCCUUAACCAGCAGCUUUGCUGGAGUCCCAUUACCAGGUAGUGGAGAAACCCCUACAAUGGACACCAUAGAUUCAUAUAUGAAUCGGCUGCACAACAUUAUUCUGGCAAAUCCACAGGAGAAUGAGAAUCUUAUAGCCACAGUUCGGGAGGUGGUAAACCGCCUUGAACGCUAGUGACAUGUCUCUUGGAUGUUUUUCUUCAAAGGAUAAAGCAAGUGAGGAAUGAGAGCUGUUCUGGAGAAAAGUCAAGGGAGGUGAUGAGACUUUGCCUUGUUACUGGACGAACCCAUUAAUGCAUGUGAUUCUUCUGUGCGGAUUGAAGAGCAACCCAAGAGAUGGCAAUAUCCUCUAUCAAAAUUUUGAGCAAGUUUCCACUGCACAGCCUACCAUUUUCUUUCAUUGGUCUUCUGAUCGUGGGCACGCUCUGGACUAAACGAAGCCACAAAAACAUGUCCUUCUCUCUCUUAUGUCAAAGUUGUAUUUUUGUCGUGGUAAUGCAGAGCUCUGAAAUGUUUUUGUUGCUUGUGCUCCAAAGAAGAGGGAUUCCCUCUGUGUUUCCCGUUGUGUGUAAGUUGUAUCUUACAUCAGUUCACCUGUGCUUCCAUCUGUUGAAGUUGGUGAUAAUGCAGGGGAGAAGGUAGGGGCCAACCUUUUCUCUCACAGCACUGAAAAUACAAAACCUACAUGUUGAAUAAAACCUUCUUUUCUGUAGUUAGUUACUUAGUUUAUUGUGUACAGUAGUCUUAUGUUCAAAUCUUUCCUUUUUCUUAAGCAACAGGAAAUGGGCAGGGGUGGUUACAAUUACUCCCUCCUUCUGAUAAUAUGUGACUGUACCCAAGAAAUAAACUUUGUAAAAAGUU